AUGGCGUCAGAGGAUGUGAAGCUGUUGGGUUUCGACCGGCUUUUGGAUCAGUUAACCCAGAUUGAAGCUAACUGGCUGGGGAGAAUGGAGGAUACGCCGGCUUCCAAAGCGGCGAUCGAGUCAAUGCCGACCAUCGAGAUUCUCGAUUCCCAUAUCGAAAUCGAACCCCAUUGUGCCAUUUGUAAAGAGCCCUUCGAGCUCGGAAACGAGGCCCGAGAAAUGCCCUGCAACCAUUUAUACUACUCUGAUUGUAUUCUCCCACUGUCUUUGCGCAAUUCCUGCCCCGUUUGCCGCCACCAACUCCCCACCGACACCCCAAACUCUGGCGACUUAAACACCACCAACCGCCCUUCUUCAAACGAACAACAACCUUCCGAUGACGAGACCAUGGGACUAACAAUCUGGAGGUUACCCGGUGACGGGUUCGCCGUGGGGCGGUUUUCCGAUGGGAGAAGAGAGCUUUCUCUUGUGUACACUGAAAUGGAUUGUGGGUUUAACAACAAUGGUGCGAUUGCCGGAAUACAGAGUGAAACGGUGGCUUUGACCAAAAUGUCAACCUAA